UAUGGUAGGCGCCGCUAUGAAGAUAUAAAACGGAAAGGAAUUUACUGGAGAAUUUAGAAUUUAAAUGUCCUCCGCUGACUUGAGCGCUAUCAACUGUGGUGAAUCGAAACACCGAACAUGCAUAUCUAGCUUCUAAAGUAAUCACAAUGAUUUUUAUGGUCUUGAACACUAAUAACCGGUUCUAAAGACUGUCGAAAAUGCCUCAGGAUAACAGCCAUUGUGCUGCUAACAGCAACUGCAUUGGCCGCAAAAGAUCCACCAUCCAAGUUGGCAGCAGCACCAGCGUCAACAUCGUCAAAAACUUCGGCAAAAGUUCCGCAUGGAAAGCGUGAAGCACCGGCUGGAUACGGACCGAUGGAAUUUAUCGCUCCAACUAUUUCUGGUUUCAACUAUGGAAUGCCUCAACCAUUGUACAACGUCCCACAUUAUUCCGGUUACAAAUACUACGCGACGCCGUACAAAUUUGCACAACCGACGCUCUUUUCACCCGCCAAUCAGCACGGUUUUAACUCCUUUGCCGACAGUCCGGUAAAGUAUAGCAUCAGCUCUAAGGAGCUAUCUGAAAUUAUUAAGGCACUACACUCGCCCAACCCUGCGCUUACCAUUCGAGCUGUACCAACCGGUGGCGGAUGGGACAAUACAUUCAGCUAUGAUCCUAUUAGUCAGUACAAAUCUCCAAUGCUGAAAAUCCACGAAAUACCAUCGUCUUCAUAUGGAAUCCCGCCUUCAUCACCGAUGAGCACAUUCCUUCCUUCUAGUUAUGGCGCUCAUCCAAACACUCCCAGCGAACCAUCCUACGCUAGUGGCAUAAAAGGACUACGCCACUAUGCAACUCCGUCAAACUCACACGUGCCUGAUCUGUACUCCGGAAACAAAUACAUUUCGGCUAUAAAGCCCUUAACUUUCCAUGCUCCCUCUCAACCCGUCUCCCAACUGCACACCUCCAUACACACUCAGAAACCAUUCAAACCAUCCACAUAUCUAGGAUCAACAAACGAAUUCUCCGAUUAUUCGCACAACCAACCAGCCACAUCAUCUUCUUUCCACAAUGCAUACCUGGCUCCAGCACUGCAAUUUCUGCCUCCGAAAGUCCAGAACAAGGUAACCUACGAACAACCCACCAAGUCAUAUCUGCCACCGGUUCAGUCGAAACCGAACACCGGCUACCUUCCGCCGAAACCGUCCAACACAUACCUUCCGGCAGCACCGAGCAGUCCGAACUACAUUUCGAUAAACUCGCACGAAAACGAUGGCAAGCAGCACCAGCAUUUCCACUCGCACAGCUUGGAGGAGUCCAACGAAAGCUACGACUACAGCGGAUCGGCGUCGACGACUGUCAAGCCUCACAGCCAUCAUCCGUGGCAGCCGUAGAGGGCAUGAAAAUCCAAAGACUUUCCAUUCGGAACAACAACGGUACCGAAGGUGACAUGUAGGGUCACUCCAAUAACUAAUAGACAGAGUUUAGUUUAGAUAAGCUUUAUUCGGAGCACAAAAGCCUUAGCCAUGUGGAAAAGAUUGGACUAUUGCCAUUAUUUGUAUGCGAUUUAUGUAGAUGCUAUUUAAACCCUAUGAUUACUAAGAGUUGAGAAAAUUUUCAAAAAGAAUAAGAAAAUAAUUCUAGCGAUAGGUUUACUGUAAUAAUACUCAACGGAAAUGUAACGAGUGUAUAUGAACUGUUUAUUCAGUAUUCAAAACGGAAA